CUAAAUCUUAAAAGGUUAAAUGACAGAAUUAUAAUAUUUCAGUUCCAUUUUACGUAACGUGUAUGUGAUAUAAACUUAUUUCAAAUUCUAAGAACAGCUGUAAGGUAACGAAUCGUUUUUAAGGAGCAGCCGUGCUGAGACACGUAUUUAAAUAUGAAAAUUCCGAAACAUAUCUUCGGGUAUCAUAGAAUGAGCUUGUCUCCUAUCACGGACAGCAUUUCAUUUCCUAAUCGUAAAUAUGUGGCGCCACUGUCGUCGGCAUUACCAACGUUCACUAUCGUAAAAGAUCUACUUCAAGGAAAUGUUUUCUUUGAACAUCCUGUGUUUCUGAAAAAUUUUUAAGCGUAGUUCAUAGUGAUUACACAAGAUAUGCGAACAAUGUUUGUAAAAAAAUUGUAAUAUAAAGCGAUAGGCUGUUUCACGUGGCACAUCUACCGGUUAUAAGCUUGGCGCGAAAACUUUCUUUCAAGGAGCGCAUCAGAUCCCUGGGCAUACAGCGCAGGAAGAGGGACAAAGACAGGAAGAAAGAGAAAGAGAGAAGAAUCGAGGGUACGGGCCAGGGGUGUCAGGGGAUCUCGAGCAACUUGGCACGUCCGUGUACGGAGGCAACAGUGCUGGUGGCAGCACAGACGCUCGUUGAUGAGCGAACAAUUCACUUUGGUGCGCGGUAUAGCGACGUUGUUUCGUCUGAUCGGUGUCGUGAAAUAAGGGUGUGCAUAUGUACCUAUGUAACGAACCGAUAAAAUAUGUCUAUGACAUUUUUAUCUGUUCGGUUUUCUUAAGUUAAAACGGUCAAGUGUUGUUGCGGUGGUACGAAGAGUUUGUUGGCUGGUGCGCGCCGUGCGUGCGGUUGAUCGGAGCGUAUACCGCUGUUCUCGUCAAUUUGGUGGGAGAGUGAGAGUGAGAGGGAGGAGGGUUUCCCGUCCUCCUCUUCUCUCGCUAAAAUCGGCCGAAUUUUUGAACAGGGAGGAAAAACGAAUAAUCUCAAUAGAAAAAUAUGGAGAUAUCGAAGAGUUUGCAAGAAGAAAUACUCACUGUGCAAACUAAACUGAAAAAUGCCAUACGCGAUCAUCAGAUCUGUGUGGGCAAAUUGAAGGAUGACCCGAACAAUACAGAUAUCCUUGGUCAGAUACAAAAGAUUCACUUGCACAUCGUAUCUCUGGGAAGGUGCCAGAAGCAAGUUGUCCAGCGGCUGCGCAAAGAGGUCGAAACAUUCAAAGCGGAGAACGCGAACGGGGCAAAAGUUUCCAUCGCGUCGCUUCUCGGAUUGAACAACAAUAAUCAUAUUACAAAUAACAAUGAAACAAAACUUAAGACCGGCAAUGACUUCACUACGAAGAGUUCGAAAGAGGACUACGAGGAGAUCGUUAGAAACGGGGAUAUUGUCUCGCCUACGCGGAAUCCCGCAUCUACCAAGGGACGGCCCAGUUCGGUGGAAACGAUUUCCGGUGAAGAUGACGUCAUUGAAGUUUCCAUGGACGAGAAUUCUAAUGAGAAAUCCGAGAAAGAAGAGUCAGAGGAGCGUAAAAUCGAAUCGACUGAAAAAAUUAAUUUUUUAAACGCUCUUGGUCUCAUUACUACUAAAAUGUGCGCCGAAUUACAAAACAAGAGGGCUGAAAGGAAACGUCGGAGUACUGCUAAUCCGCAAUUUGUAUAUUCCAGUCUUGAAGUGCCAACGAAACGAAAACGACACUCGUACCUGCAAUCUGGAAAUGUUCCGCAAACUCGUCAAACUACUGCUCGUAUGAACGGUCCAUCGCCACCUCCUGUAAAAGUUGUGACAACAAAGUCUACGUCACCACCAACGUCAAGGACAGUGAUGAAAUCUUUAAUACCGGUACAAAAGUCCACUACGAGGCCAAACAUACUUAGAAACGUAACGGAAAGUAAAGUUUUCCCUAAUAAGAACAAAGUUGAAAAUGGACCUAGUCAAACUCAAUUACCUGUAACUACCGUAAAGUCCGUUCAAUCGGUUGGCAGCAAGGCGGUUCAUAUACCUGGUUUACCUUCCAGCUUAACUAUUGAGAGAAUUAGCAGUGACUCAGCAGUCUGUAUAAGUUGUAGAAAUCCAGGUACCUUAACGGUAUGUGAAAAUUGUGCAUCGAAUUACCAUGUGUCUUGCCACUCCAUAUCACCAGCUCCAUCAAGAAUAUGCCCCAAAUGUGCGUUAAUAGACGAGGAAGAAAUUGGCGACGGAGACGAAGGGGAGGAGGGAGAUGAAGGACGCUCAUCUUUUAAAAAGGACGAGGAAUUCGCUACAGGAACGCACGCGACAGGAAUUAUUAGGAAAGCAAGAGAAGACGCAGAGAUCUAUAAAACGACUUGUGGACUUCAUAAAACUGAUGCAACUCAGAAAAAGCGGGGAUUCUCCUCUUCCAUCGGCAUCGGUCAACUUCCCUCCUCAACUUUCCUCAUCCCAAUCUCCUCCAAUAGCAUCAACCAAUCAGACGUUGGGACUUCUACAACAAUCAACAGUGACUAUCGAGAAAGUUCCGUGCCCUACUCCUCCAUCGUGCUCAACCAGCUGCCCCGAUCGAGCAUCGCCUAUGUCGAUAGGACAGAACCACAAGUGUCCUACGCCUAUCAGCUACCAAUCACCAGUGUUCAGUCAGAAAAGCACCAAUCAUACCUUAUCGUUAAAAAAAUCACAGAACCAGCUAGAAGGGCAAAUCAAUCUUCCGAAGACCAAAAUCACGCCACAAUGCUCAACUACAAACUGCCAAUCACAUCAGGCUACAACUCUCGCAUUCAGACCGAAGUCUCCGACUCCUCUGUGCUCAUUGGUAAGCAAUUGCCUGACACCGUCGGUCGUAACCGCAAGAAGCAAACAAAUCGCGCAAUACCCGCCCUUAAUCGUAUCAUCGACACCGAAAAUCUCUCCAUCACAGCAAAAUACCAAUUGGAACGAACAACUCUCAAUGGAAGAAAGUCCAGAACCAGGCAGCCAAGAAAUAAGUUCGGUAUCAAUCAACUGCGAUCCACCAGAGCUACAGAAAUCCUAUUGCCUUCCUACGAUAGUACCGAAUCCGAUAAGCAGUUACAAAUUACAAAGUCAACCGAGCCAGAGGAAACAACUCUGUUCAAUAGUCGUCCAAAGUACAGGCCAAGAACCGGUGGUCUUCUCCACUCACUGUUCUCAGGCCAUAACAAGUCCUAUAUCCUCACCGAUAAUUCUCGAGAAUCACGAGACAUCGGUCCAGGUAACAAAGAUUUCUCAAUCGGGAGACAACAGCUGUAUCAUCAAAGCUACCAGUUGGAAUCAGGCGAACGAAACGAGCCCACCGUCCAAUUGCAACGUGGUGCCCUCACAAAAUUCUUCGAGCACGUGAAAUUGGAAGAAGCGCAUAUACCAGCGCCAUCUAGAGCAAAGCUAGUAUACAAAAGCGGUACUACUUCCGAAAGGAAUGAACUUGAAGUUACCGAAGUUGCCGACGAAGACACAAGUAGUAGCGAAUAUGCCACCAAGACACCCUUGGCAUCAAGCAAUUUCGAAGAUGAUUUCGUCGAUGGGGAGAUCAAACAGAAAAAUUGGCUCUCGAGCAAGAUCAUAGCAAAGAAAGGACAAAAGAAUGACAACUUAAUCAAGAGCGUUGAAUCGCAUGAUUCUGCUUCGAACUCGAUGACAUCGAACGACUUUAUCACGUAUGAACGUAAACACGGUAAUACGUAUGUUAGAGUCGAAUGUGAACCUGACGAUGAGGACGAUAAUGCAUUGACUGAUACGUUUCAAGAUGAUGUGACUUAUACGCGCAUCGGACCUCUGACAGAAAUUGUAUCAGAGAAUCGGAAGGAUCGAGAAGAUUCAGCAUCUCUGUGUAACGCACAAAACACUUUCUUGGAGCUUCGUAACGAGGUCUCAGUUCCUGAUGAUAAGGCUGAUUCCGAGAGACAAGACUUAUCUAGUGGCAGAUGUUCGACCAGCGCCAGCAACAGUAGCAGCACGAGCGACAGCGAUACUCCGGAACAAGCGAUGAAUGACUCCAUUAAGUACUCUCGACGAUUAUCCGGAAACGAUUAUAAGGAACGUUUGGGCAUUAAUGCUGUAUCCCCGGAGAAUAUGCAAGUCCUCGAGCAAUUUGAAUCAGCUAUGCUGGAAACAGGAUGUAGCAAUGCUGCCACUUGCUAGGGUUAGAUUAAAAUGCGGUGUGGACGCGUUGAUUAUGCUCAUUGCUGAAAAUUUUUCCUUUCGUCGAUGAAAUUGACUAUUUCUCAAACACUAAGUUUUUUUCGUUUAAAGAGAAAACACUUUUGAGAUAAUUCGAAUUUGUAUGUUUAAGGUGGGUUAGAUUACUAGUAAUCGUUACUGAAUUUCUUAGGCAGUUCCUACUUUUUAUACUGUCUCGAGAAACAUUGCAAUUGUUCGUAUAUCAAUGUUCCGAUUAUAACAUUACGAUAAUAGUGGUAAUUAACUACCAUUAUAUUUCAAUUUAUAGAGAUAGAUUUUCUUAUUAUUCUGUUAGUUUUGUUAGCUAUCCUUUUAUUUAUUGAUUGUUGUUCAUCAGAUUUCUUGUCUUAAUCUUUUCGUAAUAAUUAACGAUGCACGAGGACCAAGUUUGAAUUUUUCCUAAUUCAGUAACACAAUUUGAUGAGAAGUUAAGGAAAAUCUUGAACCAUCUGUGUACAAUUAUACAGAUAGAACAUUAAUUCAAAUGGAUAAUGAAAAAUUGUGAAUUAUCAUGCGUAGUAAAAUUAUUUAUGUAAAAAUUUUACUAAGUUUUAAAACGCUUUAAACAUUGUUUCAUUGAUAUUUUCAAUCUCGAUGGGUAGGAAACACGCACAUAUCUGACAGAUACUGGGCGAUUUAUGAAAGGCUUAAAAAUAAGCCUAUGUACGUAAGUCGAGUCAUAUUACCAUACUGCCUUAAUAGUAAUUUAAAAACGAUACUUUUUACAAUAAUUUCUUAUGGAUAAGCUCGAGAAACGUGUACGACUCAAUAGACUGAUUUGAAUGUCGCCAUAUUGAAAUUAAGAAGAACGAAGAGGAAGAAAAGAUAAUCAAAAUGCAUUACCGUAAUCGAAAACAUAGACGUUAAGAUUGCGUGAACGUUAAGUAGAUAAAAAAGUUACUGAAGCAACUUGCUAUCUUAAUUUUAUGAUUUAGAUAGUUUCUUACGAACGAAGUAUAGGAAAAAGAACCGUGCUUUUUUUCUUUUUUGAAUACCUUACAUCGAAGUAAAUGUUUCGAUAAAGCUGAACGUUACUAUUAUUUUUAGCAUAUCGUUUAUCAAAUUCUUAAGCAUUUUCUUCGAUAAACAAAUGGUAGCAGUAUUUACUACAUUUCAGUCCGUGAUGUAGGCGGAUGUCUUUCAGCAGUUAGAUUGUGUCGAAUAUUACGAUUUAUAUAGCGGUGGAUUAAUCAGUAUAUUGCCGUUGAUAUAAUUUUUUUGAUCGAAAAUUGGGCGGUAAGCAGUCGAGUUCAUUAAUCUAUUUAUUCCGUUUUCGUUUACCCUCUUGCGGCAAUUACCGCCAGCUUGUCCAAUACAUUUAAGUAGUGUAUAAAACAAAAACAAAAAAAAAAAAGAAAUUGUUAUGCAAUGUAGGCAACGAGAUAAAAAUCGAAAUUCGUAUUUUUAUGAAUAAAGUGGAACUGAAAUAUAAA